AUGGCGCAGUAUAGCCAAGUCCACCAGGGCGUCUACGAGAUGGGACUACACGGGUCCUCGACGUAUCAUUCAACUUCAAACCCUAAUGAUCCGUCUAGCUACGCUUACUUCGCCACCGGAAAACCUGCAUCAUAUCCAACGAACAUCGAGUUCGAAGACAGCCAACGCCUCAUACACCAAAAUGCCCCAACAGCCUUCCAACGACCAGUGCAGCGCCAGCCUCUGCGAAGAAGACUUGGUAAAACUGGAAUGACCAUCAUCAUACUCGGAACAAUCGUGAUUAUCGCCUCAUGCACUCUCCUCGUCUAUCUCUGGCAAGGCGCCGAAAAAGCACGCAACAGACAGCCCCGAGGCAAAGAAUGGGACAGAAUCAUCUUUGACAACUACGCAGCGCAAGUAGCUACGCUUUGCUCCGCUGCAAUCCGAGUGUCGAUGGAUCUCCAGACUUGUCUCGCUGCUGCGUCAAUGGCAGCCAUUGUCCUUGAAACCGCCGGCUGUCGAAUCUCUGAUCUGGCGAGAUUGUCCAUCUCCAGAGCCUCUAGUUGUGAUGCAAGCCCUUGGGAUAUCUUCCUUAUCACGAAAAGCAACAGGAAGACCUUGCUCCACUGUAUCAUCUUACUCUUUAGUUUCUUGCUAAGUCUUGCCAUGACCUUUACGUCGACCGUCUUGCUUUUCGAUUUCAAGGCGCUUCCAAUCGCUGCACCGAUGGUCUCAGAGUCUAUUUAUGUUGGGUUUGAUAUAUCCAAGGAUACAGCUGUGUUCUCUGGUGUAUCUUACUGGCAGUCCAAACCGUCAGCGCACUGGCGAUUUGCAGAGACGCGGCCUUCAAGCCAGAGACUUGCGCCCAAGGAUGUAGCAGACACGGGAGAUGUUUAUCGAGCGAUGAUACCGAUGGCCAAUGUUGAUAAUCGAACUUCAUUGGAGUAUUAUUCUGGACCUACGGUUGUCACCAACAUGAGGACAGCAUGUGUAGCACCGACUUUCAACAAUGCUACAUUCGAGUAUAUAUAUACCGGAAGCAACGCUACAGAAGGUCUUUAUCUCCUCGCAGAAUUCAACGCCUCGACCGGUUGGGAGUUGGGACCUAGCAUAAACGGUUCAUAUCCAGCGACACUAUCGUGUCGUAUCAACAACGAAUGGGACCAAACGAACUCAACAUCCUGGCCAAUAUCAUUCUGCAGUUUCGAUAUAAAAGAACUCGCCCCCAAGAACAACAGUUUUACAAACCCGCUUUCUCGCCAUCCGUACAACUUUCAUGCGGUACUUCUUCUCAACGCGAGCGAUAGUCUGACCCAGCUGAGGCCCAUGUAUGACAUGGCUACAAACACGUGGUCGAACGUUAAGAUUCCGGAGGAUAUGCAAAUGGCAAAGUCGACGAGCAAAGGUCCAUGGACGACAGCGACGAAUAAAAACAACAUCCAGCUCUUCCAAGCGAGUGUUUGCUUCCUGACUCAGAACACACCCUUUCUGUACAACGUCACGAUGACAGGCCGAGCCAUACCAUCCGAACCAACAUCGAUUGCAAAGUGGAAAACACUACAGGGCAAGAAUGGCACCGAAUUUCUCAAACAACUAGGCGUAGGCGUAUCGCCCUCAGAUACUGAAGCAAGAGGCAUUCUCGAUCUGAAGGUACUCUCUGGGCCAGCUUCUAUGGCAGAUACAGGGGUUGAUGACUGGGAUGAAUGGGUCUACCAAAUGAUUCACUUCAGCCUUUUCGACUACAGUAUCUCUGGUGGAUGGACGUUCAACAACGAUGCUUUGCAAGGAUGGUUUGAUACAGUAGCGAAUUGGCCCGCACACCCUGAGCAUUCGCAUCUCUUCCAGAGUGUUCUCCAAGAAACGGAUGAUCCAGCACGAGCGGUUCAGGAGUUGUUCUUUCGGUUCUAUCAAAUGAUCUUCCACGACAUUCUACCAUAUUUCACUCAACAACAGUCUGUUUCUACCAUCAACGUCAAACAGGUUCUUAUUCCGAAUCAGUGGACGGGCUUAAUAAUUAUUUUGUCGGGUGUCAUACUACAUUUGGUUCUUACGUUGAUAACUAUCAUCAUGUUCAUGGCCUCGACAAAGAGCUCUAUCCUAGGGAAUUCAUGGCAUGCUGUGUCGCAGAUCAUUUCGCCGGAGACGAGCGUUGUGGUGGAGACUGUGGCGAGUAGUGGGAUGAGGGAUGUUGAUGUUGCGAAGUGGGCGGAGUCAACGGGUUCUGAUGGACAUGUGUAUGGGUUAUCAACUUGCGCUGAUAAUAAAAUUCGCAGGCGGUAG